AGACGCUCUGUAUUCUUCAUCAACAGGAAGUUGUUACUCUCAGUCCAAGCUCAUGGCUUGCAAAGAAAAGCCUGGGAAUGGCCGUCUUGACCCCGCCCACUGCAAGAGACCCUUAAAAGUCCCGCUGGUCCCGAAGCCGAGGACUGGAGGGAGCUGACAUCUGACUGGGAUUCUUUACGCCACACCGGAUACCACCUCUUGUUGGACUUUUUAUCCUGUCUGAACAAUGCAGUCCAUCAGAGACUCAAAGAGCAACUUCAGCGGGGCUCCUCCUUCCUCCGCCUCGGCGUCGGGCGGUGAUGCUUAUCUCCAAGGCAACAUCCGCAUGACUCUGGAGGACCCGGACCUGUGGAGGGCUUUCCACCAAAUCGGAACAGAGAUGAUCAUCACAAAACCCGGCAGGAGAAUGUUCCCGCACUGCAAGGUGAAUCUCUCGGGUCUGGUUCCGUGUGCCAAGUACAUUCUGCUGGUGGACAUGGUUCCCCAGGACGGCUUCAGAUACAAGUGGAAUAAAGAGAAAUGGGAGGUGGCGGGAAAAGCGGAGCCUCAGCCGCCCUGCAGGACGUACCUGCACCCCGACUCUCCGGCCCCCGGGAGCCACUGGAUGAAGCAAUCCAUCUCCUUCCUCAAGCUCAAGCUCACCAACAACACGCUGGACCAACACGGCCACAUUAUUCUGCACUCCAUGCACUGCUACCAACCGCGCUUCCACAUCGUCCAGGCCGAUGACCUGUUCAGCGUCCGCUGGGGCGUUUUCCAGACCUUCACCUUCCCGGAGACCAGCUUCACAGCCGUCACCGCCUACCAGAACACAAAGAUCACUAAACUGAAGAUCGACCACAACCCGUUCGCCAAAGGGUUCCGUGACGAGGGCACGACCAAGAAAAGGCGUGCAAACAAGAACCCCGGUGGUGUGGAAAAGCAAGCCAAGAUGUCCGACAUGAACAGAGAGUCUGAAGAGGACAGUCCAUCAGACUUCUGCCGCUCCUCUUUUGAGGGCUACGAGGCAGACGAUGGCGAGCUGCGAAAGAGGAAGGUGGCAGACGACAUGAAGGAGGAGGUGAAGGAGGAGCGCUACUCGCCCUGGUCUGCAGAUCCCGAGCACGGCGCCAAGAACGGGUCUCCUCCCGCUGCCGAGUCCCGGGAUCUUUACAGCGCCGAGCAGCUGGUUCCUGCUCCCGCUAACUACCAGCCUUACAGGGUCCACGAGUACGGAAAGUCCUCCUCCCCUUCGUCCAGCAGGACCAGCGGAACAGGACGCGGCAAUUUCGAGUCCAGGGUCCCCGACGUCGCCACCGUCCCCGACCAUGACUCGCCAAAGCCCCGCCCUCACGACGUGGCCCCCUCCCCCUGCGCCCCCCAGGACUACCCCGGGGUGCUCAACAUGACCAUGGCGCAAGCCGGCAAGCCGGGCGUCAUUGGCCACCACAUCUACGGCCCCUACGGCGCCGAGCAGCCCCUGGCCCAGUGGAGCGGCCCCGGGCCGACCCAGUACCCGCCUCCUCACCACAUGACCGCCGAUUACACCACGCAAGCUGUGCAUCACGGCUAUCACCAUGGCAACGUGGCCGAGUGGAGCCAGUACCCGCUGUUCUCGUAUUCCUGCUGGUGAGGGCCCCUGAGGGAUCUUCUGCGUGCUGCCGCUCCUUCACCUCACCGCCGCUGCUAGAACAAGUGUGCAAUGUCAUACCGAGGAUUUAUUUUAUUGUGGAGUUGUCUAUUUAUUUUUCAUUUCAUUCCAUCCUCAA